UUUAGAACUAAAAAUAUCUUUCUAUCUCUCACACACACACAGACACAGAGACAAGAGACGCAGUACUCUACAGGUGUUCAUCUGCUCUGGAUGUGGUUCUAUUUUUUUGAAAAUGGUCACCCUCUUUCUGACCACUGCUAUGAUCAGCAGUGCUUCCAAGUUUACUAUUCCUUGUUAUAUAAACCCAAACUACUCUAGAAAUCUUCCCUUCCCUCUUAAACAGCAAAAGAAUUUUGUAGUUUUUGCUGCUAAAGAUGAAAAUAAACUUGGCAAUUGGGACCAAAUUGAGCUUAAGCUUGGUAAAUUAAUCGGUGAAAACCCCGAGCUUGCCCUUUCCAAGAUAAAAGACAGAAAAUUGAACCCAGAACACGACAAAGGAAAGAGACCUAAAGAAGCAGUUGCUAAGGAUCCAAAUACUUGUAGGCAUCCAAAUGUUAUUUUAUGGAAGGCAAAUACUUUCGAAGAGGAUGGUCUUGGGACAAACAUGCCUUCCAAUUUGUCUUUCAAACCAAAUUUAUCUCUGAAAAUGGGUAAAGAAGAUGACAAGGAACGGUUUAGUGAUAUGAUAUUGGUGAGGAAUCCUGAACCUCUAAUGAAAAAUAACGAGGUCAACUCUACAAAUGAUAUUAUAAAGGAGAGUACAUACCAGACCGAAAAAGAUGUUUCAAUCCAACAAAAGUGUGAGAGCAACCUGGAUCAAGCUUUUGGAGAUUUCAAUCAAUCAAGAUCUGAUAUUGAUGACACAGACAAUAGUUCAAGAAAUCAUGGAAUAACUUUUCAUACAAGGCAUGUGGCAGUAGCAAUCGAUCUUGACCCCUCACAGGAAAUUAGUGGAAAUGUAGCAGACGCUACCUUGCAAAGACCACCUAAAAGAUUAGAUCAAUCUGUGAAAGAGAUGUCCAACAUUGGGGGAAAGAUUACUAGGAUUAAGAAUCGGAUACCAAAUGCUGGAACAAGUGAAAACUUACCUUCAAUACCAUUCUCAAAGGAGUGUGAAGAUAUGGACUGGAAAAGGGCUGAGGAUAUGAUAAAGACUACAGGAAGAGGAGUAGUGGAACUGAUAAACUGUAGUACCAGAGGAUUCAUUGUUUCUUUUGGGUCUUUGAUAGGGUUUUUGCCAUAUCGAAAUCUUGCCACUAAGUGGAAGUUUUUAGCUUUUGAGUCUUGGUUGAGGAGAAAAGGCUUGGAUCCUUCAACAUACAGGAAGAGUUUGGGCAUUAUUGGAAGCUAUGAUGAUACAAGCAAGACAGAAACUCCUGAUCAAACCAUAGAUUCUGAAAAGAUUGAGGGCGAAAUAUCACCAGAUAUGAAACUUGAAGAUCUUCUAACAAUUUAUGACCAAGAAAAGCUCGAAUACUUGUCAACCUUUGUUGGUCAGAAAAUCAAAGUGAAUGUGAUCUUGGCCGACAGAGAAUCAAGGAAGCUAAUAUUUUCUGUGAAGCCAAAAGAGAAGGAAGAGUCAAUCCAGAGAAAGAGAAACCUCAUGGCUAAGCUUAAUGUUGGAGAUAUAGUGACAUGUUGCAUCAAAAAGAUUUCUUAUUUUGGUAUAUUUGUUGAGGUUGAAGGAGUAGCUGCGAUGAUACACCAAACAGAAGUGUCAUGGGAUGCCACUUUAAACCCAUCUUUCAAAAUCGGGCAGGUUUUAAAAGCAAAAGUUCAUCAGUUAGAUCUUUUGCUUGAACGUAUAUACUUAUCUUUGAAGGAAAUAACGCCAGAUCCAUUGACCAAGUCUUUGGAGGCUAUUCUUGAUCAUCAUGCUCAUGCUUAUGCUCAUGCUACCUUGGAUUGUAAAUUAGAAGCACACCAACCUCAACCUGAAGAUGAGAUCGAAUACUGGGAUGAUCUUGAAUUUCUUAUCAAACAACUGCAGCAAUACCAGGGUAUUGAGUUAGUAACAAAAGGCCGUUUUUUCUUGAGCCCUGGUUUGACCCCAACAUUUCAGGUUUAUAUGGCAUCCAUGUUCAAGGAUCAGUACAAAUUGCUUGCUCGAGCUGGAGACAAAGUACAAGAGGUGGUGGUUCAGACAUGGCUAGGUACAGAGGAGAUGAAGCAUGCGAUUUUAAUGUGCACCAAAAGAGUCGAGUUCCAGCCAUGA